CUUUAUGACAUAAUGGUGUCUACAAUUACUGGGCAUAUCCUUGUUGGACUGUGGUUGUGCUGAUUCCUGAUACCUCCUAAAAUUUAGAUCUUGACAAAUCCUGUCAAUUCUUGUGGUGUUCCUCGCCUGCUAUGAAAACCAUGCAACCAUCAACAGAUCUAGAAUUUGAUCGGAUAGUGAUUUAUACAACCUGCCUUCGUGUGGUAAGGACGACUUUUGAAAGAUGUGAACUUGUUAGGAAAAUCUUCCAGAAUCAUCGAGUCAAAUUUGAGGAGAAAAACAUUGCUCUGAAUGGUGAAUAUGGAAAAGAGCUUGAUGAGAGAUGUAGGAGGGUGUCUGAAGCACCUUCUCUGCCUGUUGUGUUUAUCGAUGGCCAUUAUCUUGGGGGUGCUGAGAAAAUUUUGUCAAUGAAUGAGUCAGGCGAACUGCAAGAUCUCUUAACUAAAAUUGAGAGAGUUCAGCAUCCACAUGAAUGUCCUUCCUGUGGGGGCUUUGGCUUCCUUCCCUGUUCAGUGUGCCAUGGAAGCAAGAUGUCAGUGUUUCGGAACUGCUUUACAGACUCUUUCAAAGCCCUGAAAUGCACAGCUUGUAAUGAAAAUGGACUGCAGCGCUGUAGAAGUUGCAUAAGUUAAAAGUGUCUUCCAAUACAGAGCCUCAUUUUAUUAACACCACUCAAGAGUUUGUUAUAUUCUUUUUUUAAUGGUUAUGUUUAUGGGAUAAUUAAUAAACUUUAUUUGUAAUAAUCCUUGAA